UAAUUUAAUAGUAAAAAGCAGAUGAUGGUAAAGCGUGUUAUACGUAAUACGAACACCUUUCGAAAGUAUGAGUAUAAGAACUACACAUAAAUAAUAAAGGGCAGUAUUAAUUUUAAGACCUUAUGGACAAUCAUCUUCGUACUUCGUACUCCGAACUCACAAUCAACAUAAGGCGCUAUUCUGGAAGUAAAACUAAUGCUGACAUUUGUUUUGCAUUUCAUUACGUACUCCCUGCAUUGGUCUUGUAAGCUGACACUAGAGUGCUAGCAUCCGGCCUGUUCCAGAUUCAUCAGUAAAAAGUUUUGAUUUCUGUUACUUGCAUAUCAAUUAAUACGGCACAUGGAACUGAAAACUGCUUUUUAUCAGUGAAACAUCAAUUUCCAGUUUAUCUUACGAAUUUUGUGGCGAUCGAAAGAGCUUUGUAAUCAUUGUUCAUCUUCCACACCGUAGAUGCAAGUAUCGGCCACUGUACAGUACAAACAAACCGUACUGAUACAGUGAAACAAAUUCGGGUUUUUCGCCAUGUUCAAUUAUAAAUCUUCGUUAAUCUGCUUUCUUGCUGCUUGGAUUGUGGAUGUUGGGAGAGCAUUACAGUGCGCUUAUUGUCCAAGGUCACCUAAUUUAACGCUGGAUGUAGCAGAAUACUGUACAGACCCCACAACCUUCCUUCUGGGAGAAUGUUCACAAGACGGUGUAUCCUGCAUUUCGACGGAUUUACUUUGGACAGCCGUCCCGAAAGCCAAUUCAACGGCUGUUAGAUCAUUUGCCACGCGUAAUACCGGCUGUCUGACCGCAUCCACUGCCCUCAAUUCGGUGUUCUCCCAACUGGACCCGGAAUUCGGUACCAGUGAGAAAUGCUACGAAUUCAGCGACAAUCCCAUUGCUGAACCGAGUGGCCCGGUAAGCGUCGUCCUGCCCGACUGGCAGCAGUACAAUCUGACCCUCAAAGGUCAACUAUGCAUCUGCCUCACCGACAACUGCAAUGCGCCCCAGAACACUAUGCUGCUGGAAUCCAAUUUCGGACAGGCCGGUAUGCGAGCCGCCGCCGCCGGUGCUGACGCUGCCAACGCUGUUUUAUCGGAUGUACGGCGUAGCCUUCAAAAUUCUGCGCGCAGAAUGUGUUGUACUCAGCAUCCGUUUCCGACAUUGAUGCUUUUGCUGUUUGCAUAUGCAAUCACGUCAAUUCGAUAAUUUUUAUGAUGUUGUGCAUUUCUAAGUUUCCAUUUCCAAGUCAGAACAAAUUACCAUGUGCGUUGCGCUAGAAAAAA